CUCUGCCCCUCGCCCCGCCAGGCUCUAUGGUGCCACGAGCAGGAGCGGCGGCCGCGGAUAGGUCGGCCGCGGGGCACGUGGGGAGCGUUGCGCGGCAACGGCGGCGAACUUCCGCCUGGCGAGGGAGAAGGCGAGCUGGGGCCAUGGGACGGGGCCGCCCAGGGGGGUCGCCGGCGGUGCGCGACACCGGAGGCAGCAGCGCCGCCAGCAAGAGGUCCACGGCCGCGCUGGGCUACGUGGAGGACCGCUUCGUCCAGCAGCUCGUGCCCCGGAGCGGCGGAGGUCUCAGGUGUAUGUUACGAUCCUUUGCUAAUAGAACUAGCAGUGAGAGCCAGGUGCCAGGAUCAGCAAAAGGGCAUAAACUUCGCUGUCUCCUGUGGCUGGGCAAAAGCUUUCGUCUGCAGUUUUUAACCUCCCUUCCUGAAAGACGGGCCAGCCUCUGGAGACUGACUGCGCUGCCAGGUGCCUCUCUCACUUUCUCUCCUGCUUCACCUUUUCCAGGAGCAGUUGAGUUUUCAGGAGAAGAUUACAAACUUUUAGGAGUGGACCUGUCUGACUUAUCCAGGUUAGAGGAAGCCCUGCAAGGGGCAGGCCUGGAUUCCAGAGUUCCCACAAUGAUUCUGGCAGAAGUUGUGCUGACAUACAUGGAGGUGGAGAGGUCAGAUGUUUUAGUCCAGUGGGCAGCUGGGCAUUUCUUGCAGGCGUGGUUCAUUCUGUAUGAGCAGAUUCACCCUGAUGAUCCUUUUGGACGUGUCAUGAGGAGUCACUUCAGCCAGCUCAAAUCUCCGCUUUGUUCCCUUGUCCAUUAUCCAGACUGCAAGUCUCAGCAAGUGCGGUUUCUCGAGAGGGGCUGGAGUGACUGUACUGUCAUUGACAUGAAUGAAUUCUACAGCCGGCUUGUCCCUCAAAAAGAGCAACAGAGGAUUCAGGCCUUGGAACCCUUUGAUGAGUUUGAGGAGUGGCACCUGAAAUGCUCCCAUUAUUUCAUCCUUGUUGCCUCAAAGGGAGAGACCAUGUCUCCAGCUCUUGUGUUUUCUGGCAGAGAAGCCUUACCGAUUUGUCGUGAGCCUGAUUUUGCAGGGACUAUUUCCUCCUCAGUCUGUGCAACAGAUGUUGGCAUUGCAGGAUUGAGGCGGUAUGGCCAUCGUUCUGUGCUCCUGGCUCCAGAUAUGGUCGUUACCACAGGAGGUUUCGGUGAUCAUGGAGGGCAUCAUUGCCGCCUGACUGAGCUGCACGUUUUGAUCAAGCAUGAGGGGGCAUGGAGAACAAGCAAUGUCUGCCUGGCCAAGUCAGGGGAAGCCUGGGAUGGACGACUCUUCCAUUCAUUAACGCUUCUGCAAGCAGGCUGGGCAGUGGUGUUGGGGGGACGUAAGUCACCCUUGAGCCCGGCUCUGAUGGCGUGUCGCCUGAGAAUGUCAGGGACAGCUGAGUCUCCUGUCCUUGAGCUCACUCAUCUGCCAUCCCUUAAGGAGCUGGCCAUGCCCCGCUGGAGGCAUUCAGCCACUGAGAUUGCAUAUGAAGGGGAGAUGUACCUCUUUGUCUAUGGGGGCUGUAGCUCUGGGCAGUCUGUGUUGGCAGAUUGGCAUUUCCUGCACUUAGAAGAGUUUUCAUGUCGACAGAUUCCUGUGAAAGGCCCUGUGCCAUUGGGGCGUCACUCCCACACUGCCUGUGACUGGUCAGGUGGGGUGCUCAUUGCAGGAGGCCUGGGAGCAAUGGAGAAGCCUCUAGGCUCCAUCCUUUUUCUGAGGCCAACUGACUGUGGCUUCCGGUGGGAUUCUAUUGAGACCUUUCCUCCACUCACUCCUAGAUACUCACACACGGCCCAUGUGCACUGUGGGAAGUUGCUUCUAGUAGGUGGAGUUUGGUUCCAUGCUACUUCUGUGCCUGGUGUGGCUGUGAUCGACCUCAUGUCGGGGCUUGUUGCGGAGUAUCACAUUGACACGGCACCGAUUGAGUGGCCACUGAUGUUACACAACCACAGUAGCAUCUUCUUGCCCGAUGAAGAGAUGUUGCUACUUGGCGGCGGAGGCAACUGCUUCUCCUUUGGGAGUCAUCUAAACCAGCACCCUGUUCGGCUGGCCCUGAGGAACAUCUGGAGAGUCCCAUGAUGUUUUGGGAGCCAGGAGGACUUUGCUUCACAGGCCUUCUUCCUUUUUCUCGACUGAAGUAUCCACACCAGCAAGAAGGGGAACUGCCUGUCAGAAUGUUGCUGUUUUUGUCAUACAACUAAAUGCUUGAUCCAGUCACUUGGCGAUUUUCUCACAACAGUCAGCCAUUGCCUAGAGUCGACAGUCCAUGGCAUGCCACAGCUACAUCCUCUGGGGUACACUCUGUCUUGUGUGAGAUUUUAGAAAAUAAACACUGACCUCAUUGGUUCUUG